AUGGCAACCUCUCAGUUUCCAUGUGCAAACUGGAAGCCACACAGCACGGAUUGCAAAGAACAUGCCAAAUACCGUUGCAAGAACUGCCUCCUUGUUGGGUACUGCGGCGCGGACUGCCAAAAGGCACACUGGGCCCUUCACAAAGCGGACUGCAAGUCCCCUCUGGGUAAGGAAACAUGGAUGCCUGACUGGGCGCUGGAGAACCGACAACCGGCAUUCAUCGGAGGUGCAGAGCAGGGGCAGCAGGCGGUGUUUGGCGUGAAGAAGUUCCUCUGGGGCAAUGUGCCUGCGAUUGACGUGCUCCAACUCGGGUCGAACGAAGGUGACGGCUAUAGAAAGCCACUGAGGCUCUUGUUUGCCGCUUCCGGUGAUCUUCGAAAUGUUGUCAAGACGAUUGCCCAGAUUCCCAGCGGCUACGAGGAGCCCGUCACUGUGGUACUCAACGACCGCGACCUUGAUAUCGUAGCACGCAACGCCAUACUGCUUCUUAUUGCGCUUGUAGCAGAUGACAUGGAAGAGGCAAUCAACUGCAUCAUUCACGUCUGGUAUUCGGCCCUCAUCCGCAAGUCCGACCUGGAGACGCUCCAACAACGAAUUCGACCCCUUGUCCAAAGCGUGUGUGAAAAGAUCAAAGACAAACCACGCACCAGCAUCUUGGCCAAGACCUUUACAUUCGGAGAGCGGUCCUUGAGGCUCGUUUUGCAAAGAUCGUCGUGGGACGCCCUUCUUGGCUACUUGAGCAUUCCUGCCGGCUUGACGGCCGAACGGGCGAACCAAAUCCGUGUAGCGGUUACCCUUGCCGAGUCCAGGAAGGAUUAUCGACACCGGAACUGGCUUGUUCAAUCCCCAUCCCGUCGAGUUGCGAAGCACCGGUUUCGACAAGACGGAUUGUUGCUACCGUUCGGCUCUUCACGCGAUGAUUUUCAGGAGCCAAAUCCGACACUGUACCAAACAGCCAACACCUGGCCGAUGCACGACAGUGCUGAUCCCCUCAAUGGAUGGUCACCGAAGGAGGUUGAAGACACUUCCAGUGGCCCCGCCACCGCCGAUAUCUACGGCAAGCUUUUCUACCACCUCCGCGCGCUACUUCGCUCCUUUCUUCUUCAUCUUCCAAAGCUGCGUGUGUCUUUUCGACUGUUCCACGUAGACUUCUCCGACCUUCAGAACCAUCUCGAGCCCAACUACUUCAGUCGUAUCGAGGUCUCCAAUGUCUCAGACAGUGGGUACGUCGGAAUCCAUCGCACAGUUGCAAUGAUGGCGCCGCUGCUCCAGGGGCCACUCAUUAACCCCCAUGCGACUCUCAUCACUCUCUUCAUGAAUGCCGUGCCAGAGACCAUGACUAUGGAAGAGCAAAGGAACAUAAUGUCUCCGCAUGGACAACCGAUGAAGCGUCUCUUGAAGUUUCUCCCGAUGGAGCGAAUGCCAAUGAGCCCCUACGACCCUUCUUUCGUCAAAAUCUCAUAUGCUUCGUCCGUUGUUGCAUCCUAUGACCACGUAUUUGAUCGAUACAUGAAGAGGAUGGCCUUCUCCGAGAUGGAGGAGGCCCUUGGCGUUGCGAUGAAAGACAAGCACACCGUGAUUGAGAAGUGGCCGUAUCAGUUGAAACUUCGACCUGGCCAGCCCGGAGCCCAGGAGGAAUUCAACCGGCUGGUGGGUGGUGAUCUCUCGGGAAAUGAGCGCUACGUAGAGUGGCGGCGGACGAAAAUGUAUAGAGAGGAAAUGGAGGGCGAAGCAGGUGAAGAUCUGGCGGGAAAGAUGACUUCACUGGACUUGCGCCGUUGA